AUGGUCAGAUUUCUCAUUCGGAACGGGGCAGACGUAGACGAAAUUGCGCAGGAUCCUCUCUCGCAGUAUCGUUGCUUCGGGUCGCCAUUGCGUUGGGCACUUAAUGGGUUAAAUCUAUCCGAAUUUGAUCGAAAGCACAUUCGUCUUCUUCUGGAUGCUGGAGCAGAUCCUUACUCUUCGGUCUAUGACGAGGUAGACGAUCUAAACGUCCGAUUCAAUAUGACUCUUGACGGCAGAGGACUUGCGCUAGUACUGAACAACCCAAUACCAUUUUUUGAUUUUGAAACCAGGGACAUUGAAGGCCGCACAAUGUUACUUUCUCUGGCCUCUAAUUAUUCCCGGUUGCACGACCCAGUAGCCACGAUCAGUACUCUUCUCGCAAAAGGCGUCGACAUCAGCGCUCGAGACAGACAUGGGAGAAACUGUCUUCAGCUCGUGCUCGAAUCAUCCAGCGGUGUGGGGUUCAUUGAUAAAACCCGCGAAUGUGUCGUCCUGUUGAUUCGAAGUGGUGCAGACAUCCACAACGUGGACGAGUAUGGCGUUUCUAUACCCGACUAUGCUUACAGAAUUCCUCCGAGAGAAAAGGACUCUUGCUUAGGCGACAAAUGGGAUGCAGCACUCUCGGAGUGUGGGUAUGACAUACGCCAGAUGCGCCAUGGUUACCAUCGACUGCCGGAAGAUCUUGUCCCGGACGCCGGGAAUUGGUCAUACAAGCGACAAAAUUUAAAACAGUUGUGGAAAGGCCGAGAAGAUGCCUGUCCGUACUACCAUGAUCCGCCUAUUUGGUGUCCACAGAGCACCUCACCAGAUGGGUCAUGUCCCUUUGGAGGAGAGGGCUUGCUCUGUCCCGGCCCCGAGGCAACAUCAAGUUGUCACCCUGGCACGCCAAAUAUACGCGCGGAAGACGUGCCAGAGUCAGAAACUGAUGAUCUCUAUGGAGGGGAUGACAUUGUUCUAAAUAGCUGCGCCGACGACGAUGCCACCGACGACGCCGGGUUCUCUCACGCCGAGAACUCGGGAGAAAGUGACGAAAGUCUCUGGAGUGAGGACAUCGAGGCUGACGGCUCUGAUAGGCACGUCGAGCUAUUGCCAGGCGCAACACCGAUCAGGGAAAUUGUGGAGGAAGAGUCCGAUGUUGAAAGUGCCUCGGACUCGUCAUCCGAAUACUACGACACUUACGACGACACUUGA